AUGAAUGUUUAAUAUAAUGAUUAAUAAUCAGCUGGGGAGGCAAUAAUAAUAGAUCCUUUAAGAGAGCCUGAACCAUAUUUAGAGAUAGCUUAAAAACGUAAUACAAAAAUAAAAUACAUUUUCGAAUCUCAUUUUCAUGCUGAUUUUGUUUCUGGGCAUCUUUCUUUAUAAUAAAAAACAGGAGCUUAAAUAGUAUAUGGUCCAAAUGCAGAGGCUAAAUAUUCUUUUAAAGAAGCUAAAGAUAAUGAGAUAAUUUCAUUCGGAAAAUGUAAAAUAAAAAUACUCCAUACCCCUGGGCAUACAUUAGAAAGCUCUUGCUUUUUGCUUUUAGAUUCCUAAGAUAAACCUCAUUCUGUAUAUACAGGAGAUACUUUAUUUCUUGGAGAAGUUGGAAGACCUGAUUUAGCAGUAUAAUCUGGUAAAAUAACUGAAUAUGACCUCGCAGGUUUGCUUUAUGACAGUUUGCAUUAAAAAAUAUUAACAUUACCUGAUAAUGUGAUUAUUUUUCCAUCACACGGAGCUGGUUCAUCCUGUGGAAAAAAUAUAUUAAAAGGACAUUCUUGCUCAGUAGGGAUGUAAAAGAAAAAUAACUACGCUCUAUAAGAAAUGAAAAAGGAAGACUUCAUAAAAGUCGUUACAAGUGAAUUGCAUCCUCCUCCUCAAUAUUUUUAUUAUAAUGCUGCUUUGAACAAAUAAGGAUAUUAAGAUUAAAACAAAAAGAAUGAAUUAAAAGUUAUUAAAAACGCAAAAGAAAUUGAGAAAAUCAUUAAAGAAAAUUAAGCUCUAAUUCUUGAUUGCAGAGAUGAUAUUUCAUUAGGAUUUUUAGAAAAUUCAAUUAAUAUUGGACUAUCUACACCUUUUGCUGUUUGGGUUGGAACUCUUAUUUAACACGAUAUUUCUUUAAUACUUCUUACAGAUAAAGGUAAAGAAUAGGAAGCAGCUUAAAGAUUAUAUAGAAUCGGAUAUGAAAAAAUCAUUGGAUUUAUUGAAAGUGGAAUAAAUUGUGGAUUACCUAUUAUACCUUUGAAGCAUUUAGAUACUAAGCAAUUCGUUUAAAAGGCAAAUAAUUAAUCUAAUUUUAUACUUGAUGUCAGAAAUAAAUCCGAGACAGAUGCUGGAAUGUCUAAAAAUGCGAAAAAUAUUCCACUUCCUUUACUCGGAAAGUAGUUAAUGGAAUUACCUAAAGAUUAAGAAAUAUUUGUUUACUGUUAAAGUGGAGCUAGAUCUAAAAUGGCUGCUACUAUCUUAAGCUUAAAAGGAUACCAUAAUGUUACUAUUUGCAACUAAGGAUUCCCUGACUUAAAGAAAGAUGGACUUAAUAUUUGA